AUGGAGGCCAUUUGCCUGGCCUUGGCCCUGGGCGUGGCUGCGGGCAUCGCCAAAGGCCGCUUGGUGCUGACGAAGACGGCGCGUGGCAACCAGCUGCGCCUCGAGAAUCUGCCGGACGCCAGGCCGUGGCAGAUCUUCGCACCCAGAUCUUCGGCGCACCAGUUCCACAGGAAAGAGCCCGCCAAAGAAAGGAGUAGCCGCGUCCGCGCGUGGCAGACGCGGCGGAAGGUGGACAUGAGCUGCAAAACGCUGCUCUUCCUGCAGGGAGAUCUCAAUAGCCGAACCAUCCUGGAGGGUCGCGCCAAGGAUCUGCUGCUGGAGGUGCUGAAAGACAUGCCGCUUCAGCGGGCGAUUCAGCGCGGCAUGGAUCUUCCAAGCGGGCGGUGGUACGAGGUUGGGUGUCCAGAGGCUGAAAGUCUGGGCGCGACCAGCCUUCCAGUGACCUACAAGUUCCAGCCCGGCUCGGCGUCGGAGGAGUUUCGGAUUUCCGACGUCCUGGAGGCCGCCAGCCAAGCCAGGCUCUUCCCCAGUGCGCAGGACAGGAACAGCGCACAUUCGCCCAGGAAGUACGCUGAGACUUUGACGGAUGCGGAAGAAGCAGUUGGCCGCUGGGGUCUGGCUUUCAAGAAGUCCUCCUUCCGCGCCUUCCGCUUUCCCGCCUGCGCUGACCGCAUGAUCUUCUGGGCCCCGGACACCUUGGCGCCGCGGCUCCGCUGGGAUCUGCCGGAGAAGGGCUACCGGGUGGACUACGCGCAUCAGGGCAGCGAUCACAAGCCUGUGUGGCUGGACCUGGUUUUGCACGUGGCCCCCGAGGGUGAAGAGCCAACCAGCCCAGCUGAAGCGGCCCAGGAAGAUGGGGAGGACGUGGACCUCACAGUCGGGCUAAAGGCUUCUGGCUAUUGGAGGCGAGAGGGCGGCUGGAACUGGACGCCGGACCGAGAUGCGGCUGACUGCGAGAUUUGCGAUGUACCAUUCACCAUGCUUCGGCGGCGGCGGCACCAUUGCCGACACUGCGGCCGCUGCAUUUGCGACACCUGCAGCCCUUUGGAGUGCUGGCGCCUGAUCCCGGAGCUGCCCGGACCGCCAGACCCCUCGAGCGGCGUUUGCCAGAGGUUGGAUCCUACGCGCACCAGCCGAAUCUGCGUGGAAUGUUCCAGUGACGGGCGCGAGGCUGCCAUCCGCGUGGCGCUGCGCUGGGCACAGCUGGAGUCGUUGGACUUGGAGAAGUUGCGAAGGGAGAUGGAGAUGGAGGCAAAUGGCGUUCCAGGCAGCCAACAGGAGGUUUCUGACCAGGAGGAGAUGCUGGAGCGCCUCAAGGCGGCCGCGGUGUGGAAGGAGAUGUCCGUUGACAUGCUGCAGGAGGAGUGCAGACACCUGGGAGUUGCUACAGAUGGCUCUCGUGAAGAGCUGCUGUCGCGCCUGGCUUCGCAGUCGCUGACGCAGGGACAGGUUGCCGCCUGGGCGGCUGGUGGGGUCUCGCUGCAACGGCUGCGCUCUGACCAGCGCUUACCACUGGUCACAGAGUUGGACCGCAUGGAGAAGCUUUCAACAGUGGAGCUGAGGCACGAGUACGAAGAAGAGGUGAAGCUUCCACCGGAGGUGCUGCACUGGCCUAUCGCCACUCGCAGCGCCAGCUUCAGCUUUCUCGAGCAUGACGUGGUGUUGAAGACAGGUCCGCCAAAGCUGGCGGCAGGCGGAGCGGCCAAAGCAGCGCUUGCCACGCCAGAGGUGGAGACCAGAGGAUUUGGUUUCGGCGCAAAGCCAACGGUGCCAUGGAAGUCAGGAACCCUCAAGGCCAUGAGCAAGCGCUUUGGCCUCAUGGGGCCCUAUGGCGCCUCCCUGCGUCGCCCGAAGACGCCGCACCACGGUGUGGGCCUGGUCGCGUCAGGCGCAGGCCCUGAUAGCCAUCCUACGAGCUACAGCGGUGGCUACGGCGGCGGCUAUGGCAGCGGUGGCAGCGGCUAUGGCGGUGGCUAUGAUAGCAGCUAUGGCGGCGGUGGCUAUGGCGGCGGUGGCUAUGGCGAGAGCUACGGUGGCGGCUACGACAGCGGCUCCGGCGGCGGCUACGGCGACCCUUAUGGUGGAGGAUAUGGCGACGGCUAUGAUUCUCACGGCUAUGGAGGUGAUCCCUAUGACCCUUACGGGCCGCCGCCUGAUGGCUAUCCUCCCGAGCCACAAGGCGAGGAGGAAAAGAUUGCCGAAGAGCAAAUGCUGGAGGACGAGGAACUGGACAAGUGCAUGGCAAAAUGCCCAGUGUGGGACCCCUUGUCAGAUGCCAAGCCAGAAGAUCUGCAGCAUGCCUCACUCGUGAUGCUCCAGCGCCGGGCACGGCCCGAGCACCGCCUGGCCCCCGGGCUCCGCAAAGCCGCGGCGGCGGUGGACCUCGCGGGCAGGGACUUCGAGCGCUGGGUGCGAAAGCGACAAGAGCUGGGCAGAGAGCUGCCAAAGUUCAAGAAGAUCAUGAAGGAAUGCAAGAUUGCCGAAGAUGAGCGCGAUGCAGAGGAGGUCAACAACGACGUCGAGGCAAUCAAGGAAGAGACGGACCGGGCCCGGAAAGCGGCAAAGGCGAACGAAGAUCGGCUGGAGCUCGACAAACAGGAUGAAGUGUCGCAGAACAUGGGCCACAUGCAGGGCAAGGUGGACUCCUAUGCCAUGGAGCAGGAGCUCCAGCACCAGGACAUGGUGGACGCCCAAACGAACGCGCAGACGAACCAAGCGAUCAACAACUACAACCAGCAGGGCGGAGACUUGCAGCAGAGGCAAAUGGAGGAGAUCCACAAAGAGAUGCCCAGUGCAAUGCUGGAGAGCAAGGACUCUGGAGGAGCAAAGGUUGCGACCUCCAUGUCACUGGCCGGCGACUUGCACCUGGACGAAGCCGCCAAUCCUCAACCGCACCACUUGGACCACCACGGCCAUCACUAUGGCCCUAGCCAUUCAGAACACUGCGAUGAGUUUGGCUGCUACGAUGAGUACGGAGGCUACUGGGACGAGUCCAGCGGCGGCUAUUACGACGAGAAUGGCCAGUACUGGGACGAAGGCAUGAAGUCGUACUGGGAUCAGGAAGGCGGGUACUACAAGAAGAACACCGACAACAAUGACGAGCUCAACGGCUACGUGGAGUGGUUCAAGAAGUGCGGCCAGAUCCGGGUCCCUGCCUCCAUCAUCGCCUCGCGGCGCGCAGCCAGCGAAGCCUACUGGACCUUUGACAGGUCCCUGGCAGUGGCGGAGAAAGCCGUGAGCGACGCUCUCACCUCAGCCAGGCUGAAGGGCGAGUGA